CCCGAUAAGUAGAGCAGGAGAGGAGCGCCAUAAAACCCACGCCGUUACCUGAUGAGACGAUGGCCAAUUCCUAUGAGUAAUGUUUCCCUCACUCCUUCGUGCUCCCCGGAUCGUGGAGAGCCUGCUGGUUGCCAUCAAAAUCUGAUUGUUUUUUAAUUUCCCCUCCCUUUAAUCACAAGCAUUUUUGGUUAACCGAGCUCAAUCCUUGCUGAAAUUUCCGACAAAAAUUGCUUUUUUGAGAUCUUCGUGUGCCGAUCUCUUCGCCUCAUGUCCAUUUUCUUUCUUUAGGGUUUUUCGAUUUUACUAAAUUUAGGGAUCUACUCCCCUGCUUCUCUACUAGCCCCUUCUCCCUCUUAUCUAUGUCUUCUCUUAUUCCGAGCUCGACUGCAACGUCGUAUUGGUGCUACAGCUGCAGCCGCUUCGUUAGGGCUUUCACCGUUGAACCCAUCUCAUGUCCCGACUGCUACGGCGGAUUCCUUGAACUGAUCAGCAACACUCCUCCGGCUUCCACCGCCGCGCUUCGCCGAAAUCGCACAAUUUCCUCCGGCGAUGAGUCGUUCCCCGCUGCUCGCCGUGUCGAUUUGGGUUCCCAACAAGCCCGACGCACCUCUCUCGGCCACGGCUCUCCGUUCAACCCCGUCAUUGUGCUCCGGAGCUCCGUUGCCGAUGCCGAAGCUUCACGCUCCAACAAUGGUAACAACAGUUUCAAUCUAUUCUACGACGAUGGCUCGGGCACCGGACUCCACCCCUUGCCCCAGAGCAUGUCCAAUUUCCUCAUGGGAUCUGGUCUUGAUCAGCUCCUCGAUCAAUUGACGCAGAUAGAAAACGGUCGUGUGGGUGGUGGGAGGAGCAAUGACAACACUCCGGCAUCUAAGGUGGCCAUUGAAUCAUUGCCCACCGUUACGAUCACUGAAACCCAUAUCGUCAUGGAUUCGUACUGCGCGGUUUGCACGGAGGCGUUAGAGCUUGGGGAUGAGGCUCAGGAGAUGCCCUGCAAACAUAUAUUUCAUAAAGAUUGCAUCUUGCCAUGGCUAUCGUUGAGAAACUCCUGUCCUGUUUGCCGCCACGAGUUGCCUGCUGAUGGUGAGAGAAGCGUGGGAGAUCUUCCGGGUCAGGCUUUGUUGGGGAAUGAAGAGAAUUCGUCCGGGCUUACGAUUUGGAGGCUUCCUGGUGGUGGAUUUGCGGUGGGUAGGUUUUCUGGCGUGAGAAGGGCCGGCGAUGGAGAGCUUCCUGUGGUUUACAGUGAGAUGGAUCGUAGUUUAAGUUCCGGUCGAGUGCCGAGAGGGAUUUUGUGGUCUUCUCGAGGAAGAAGAUCGAGAGAACACAGAGGAGUUGGUAGAGUGUUUCAUAACUUUUUCUCAAUGUUUCGGUGCUUUGGUCCUCCUUUGCCUUCUUUAUCGUCUCCAAGCUUAAGAUCGACAUAUGCAUCUGAAGAACCGCAAAGUUGAGUAGCACAGCAGUGCUUGUUGGAACGGAGAAGUAAUAAGACAGAAGGUGGAGGGUGAAGACGGAUGGAAGAAGAAAAAUUGUCAUGGCACUUUCAUCAGAGCUUGAGGUCCGGAAGGUGGGUGAAUUCUCAAGCCAUUAUUGUUGGAGUUCUUAAAUUUGUCUACAGGUUUAUUUAUCUAUUGUUUAAGUUUCUUAACAUAAUUUGUUUAUUUUCUAUUUUGCUUAUUAAUUCAGUUGUGGAUCUAUUGUGAAAUUAAAAAUAUUAUCUUUGGCUCUCUAUUUUACAUGAUCUGUUAUAGAU